UUACUUUCCACCUUUACAUAGUGUCAGCGUGUGCUGACACUGCAGUUGGAUGGGUGGGUGGGUGGAGUUUAAAGUUAAAAUUCCACGGUUUAAAGUCCGACUGUCCAACCUGACAUAUACAAAAGGGUCUUCAGAAAGUCCAAGGAAAAGUGAAAUUAAGAUACAUUUAGUUUUGUGAAGACAGUCUGAAAUCCAGAUUGUUCAUAACAUACAUUUCCCACGUGCUUCUUGGAGACCCCUUGUUAUCAUACGCUGUCUCCAUGGUUCUAGUCUCCUCUCCUUGCCUGUCCCCAGAUAACUUUCCAGCUUCCCAAGUUCGCAUUUUUGUGUAAGUUCUUUAGACCAUGGAUGGAGGGAUUAGAUCCUAAAUGCCUUUUCUUCAUCCAUGCUUGCAAAAUGCACUCCUUCAAGCAGCUCAGAAAAUCCUAUUUUCAAGACUUCGCUUUCCAAAAAUGUAACCCCCACUGUUUCCUGUCACCUCUGCCAGUCAUCUCAGAACAUACGGGUACCUACUUGCUUUUCUGCCUUCAGACACUGGCUUUACCAACACUCGGACUUCAUUAUUAACUUAUUCAUUGUACAUUAAAAGUUGACUUAAAGCCAAGUCCAUUCUGGCGAUCCGUGGCCCCACUGUCAGUCCACAGUCCAAAGACAGCAUUACUGUUGACAUUGAUGUACUUGGCCAGUGGUAAUUUGACAAUCUGUAGGCUCUCUACCUGGUAGUUUUUUACUGUACUUAUUUUUCAACAUAUAGACCCUUUGACAGGCAGGCAAAAAGCCCCUGGAUGUUUACCCCUGCUUUCUUCAUACAAAUACAAAAUCGAGUUUGGCCAUGACAGCUUUUCUGUACUAUUCUAACCCACAAUGCAGAACAGACUUUAAAAUCAUACCUGUUGGGACCACUUUUCUGCCCCAUUAGCAGACUGUCUUUGAGCGAUCUUGCCCUAGAAAACAGGUCACGCACAUGUUUAACUUGAAAAUGUGGAACACGGCGCGGGGUGCAGAUCUGCUUCCGCGGAACUGACAUAGGCUUGCCUACGCUUUCUCUCAGUUGCAGGCACCUUUAGCUGCACCAUGAGGUUCACCGUCCGGGACUGUGACCCUAACACUGGGGUUCCAGAUGAGGAUGGGUAUGACGAUGAGUAUGUGCUGGAAGAUCUGGAAGUGACUGUGUCUGACCACAUUCAGAAGGUACUGAAGCCUAACUUCGCUGCUGCCUGGGAAGAAGUGGGAGAUACCUUUGAGAAAGAGGAGACCUUUGCCCUCAGUUCUACCAAAACCCUUGAAGAAGCCGUCAACAACAUCAUCACCUUUCUGGGCAUGCAGCCGUGUGAGAGGUCAGAUAAAGUCCCGGAGAACAAGAAUUCCCACUCGCUCUAUCUGGCAGGUAUAUACAGAGGUGGCUAUGAUUUAUUGGUGAGGUCCAGGCUCGCCUUAGCAGAUGGAGUAACCAUGCAGGUGACUGUCAGAAGCCAAGAAAGAACACCUGUAGAUGUUAUCUUGGCUUCUGUUGGAUGAGAUCUUCCUGGGCAAGAAGUUAAUGGACACUUCGCUGUAGGUGGGUUUUAGGCUACUGGCAUGAAGUUCCCAGAAUCACCCCUUCAAAGGGUAAUGACUUUGGAGAAGCAAAUUAAACAUUCAGCCCCGAGCCAGCAGAUCAAGCAAAAUCUGUCCUUAUGCAUGGAUUCUGUUUAUUUCCUUUUUCUUUUUCUUCACUUGAUAUGACAGCUUUGGUAUGACAGUGCAGCAUUGGGUGAGCUUGAAAAUCAAAUACUAUUCUGUCCUUUGGCUGCUUAACUUCAUUAUAUUAUUUUCUUUUAACGUGUGUCUGAAAGCUCCUGGCAAUGUUGGAAAAUUUUAUCCCCGAGGGGUGGCGAGAGGGGGGGAGGGGAAGCCAGAGUCCACUUUUGUCACAAUUCAUUUUUAUUAAUAGAAAAUAAACACUUAUUCCAGUUUCAAAGUUGUUAUACUUGAAGUUGCUAAUAAAAAAUGAAUUUAAAAUAAUCACUUAAUAAUCCUGCUUUGACUUAGACAAUGAAAGUGUGGCUUUAAAAAAAAAAAAUAGUAUUCAGCACCAUUUGCUCAUAGGUCUGUCAGAAUUU